UAUCUAAGUUACUACAUUGGCGACGAGGAUGUACUAAAGAUUGAUCUAGAGCAAGAAAUUAUGAGCCACGACAAGGAGAAAAAAGGUUCUAGCUCCGAGACGAACGCGGGCGUAAAUAAUAUAAGCGUGACCAACCGCCAACUCAACGUGAGACCAUUUCAGAUCAACGAAAAUCGCACUGAAACUGCUUCAGGAUGGGAGAAAUGGCUACGGAACAUCGAAAGACAGUUUCGCUACUUUGGGAUCACAGACCCAGAGAUGAAGAAAGACGGCUUAAUCAUUUACGGCGAUCAAAUAAUCGCAGAUUUUGAAGACACACUUCUCGACGCUACAGGCAACGAAGCCGGUGAAGAUGCCUAUGCACAAUUCAUAAUGAAACUCAACAAACAUUUUCUACCAAAGAAGAACAAAGAUUUUGCUAGAUUUCAGUUUAGAAAUCUUAAGCAAAACCACGGUGAAUCGCUUGUUCGAUACUAUACACGCAUCAGGGAAAUAGCAAAGAAAUGCAGUUUCUCGAACGAGAGCGAAGCUAUUCGAGACCACUUAAUAAAAACAGUGACGAACAAUUUCGUACGCAUCAAAGCAAUACGCAAGAAUUGGACGCUCGACCAAAUUCUAGAAGAAGCUGAGUUGGACGAGGAAACCCGAACACAAGCUAAAGAGAUUGAGAAGAAAGUAAAUUCAGACGAAACAAUCAAACGAGUCCAAAAUUAUCGACGACAACGACAGCGACCUUCGUCUCAGAUUUUCCGUGAACAAAGCACAUCACCGACCCGUGAAAAAACGACAAAUCCUUGCAACCGUUGUGGAUAUGACCGGGCUCACCAACAAUGUCCAGCAAUGGGAUCUCUUUGCAUUGCAUGUGGCAAACGUAACCACUACGUCAAAGUAUGUCGAUCGAAGCCCGCAGAAAGAUUUUCAAAUGGCAGACGACAACGACAAUUCGAAGGCGAAGACACAAGAGACACACAACAAUCAACAUCGGGAGAAAGAAAUCGGAGAGACAGCUGGAAAAUGCCAGAAAAUAAAAAUGUCAAGCAUGUUACCUACAAUAGAGAUCGAAGCCCGACUACCGAAAGCAGCACAUCAAGUGACAGCGACUUGGUAAACCACUUAAAGAUACACAGGACAGGUAAUGAAAGACUUUAUCCUGUGUUGUUUACAUAA